UUAUUCAAUGGCCCAAUAUUUUACAAUGUUAUCAAAAUCAAUACCUUUAGUAUCAAAAUUCGAAAAAGUAACCCUAAAUAAAGAGUAAAGUAAAGAUUAAAGCAGCAAAACCCAUCCGAUAAAAAUUCAUUUUUACAGUUUCCAUCAGAAAGUUGUCUCCCCAAAAAUUCUUGAGACCAAAGCUGAUUAAUUUCCACUUUGCUUUAAUCCGUGUCUGAAAAUGGCAUCAGACCAGAGCUUGAAGGAUCUUCAAUGGUUUCUCCAAACAAUCAAAGACCCGCAGCAGAAAACCCUAAACCUCCACAACAUCUCCUUCUUCGUCAUUUCCGGCAACACUUCACACUGCCACGAAGAAACGGAGACCUCCAUGAACAUAAACAUCACCAGAGACAACCUCUCGUACCUUUGCCAGAUCUUCAUCGAGUUGGCGACAACCUUAGAAACGCAGACAUCGCUUCGGAACCUGGAGUUCAACGGCAUUGAAUGGGAAGCGGAGCUGCUGCAGAGCCUGGGUUUGUUACUUGACAACAGCUCGCAGAUAAAGCAGCUUUCAUUCAGACAGAACAGGUUCAGUGAAGAGUGUCUGAUCGAGCUAUCCGAAAUCCUGAGGAGGAACGCUGUAAUUCGGGAGGUUAUGUUCAUGGAGUCGUCCAUUGGGUGCAUUGGAGCUACACUUCUCGCUUCUGCUCUCGAGGUGAACGAUUCGUUGGAAGAGUUGCAGAUAUGGGAAGAUUCUAUCGGGUCGAAAGGAGCCGAGGAGCUUUCGAAGAUGAUCGAAGCGAACUCGAAAUUGAAGCUUUUGACGAUUUUCGAUUCGAGUCCCAUCACAGCGACGCCAUUGGUAUCAGCUGUGUUGGCCAGGAACAGAGAGAUGGAGGUUCACGUCUGGAGCGGAGAUCAUAAACGAGACAGAAGCUCGAAAGCUGUUGAGUUCUUGCCUGAGGACAACACGCUGAGGAUCUACCAGAUUGACGUGUCGGGUUCUUGCAGAGUCGCCGGAGCUCUCGGGCUGAACACGACGGUCAGGUCACUGGACAUGACGGGCGUGAAGCUGAAGUCGAGGUGGGCGAAGGAAUUCAGAUGGGUCCUCGAGCAGAAUCGAACACUGAGAGAAGUGAAACUGUCCAAGACAGAUCUCAAAGACAAAGCAGCUGUUUAUGUUGCAGCUGGGCUUUUCAAGAACAAGAGCUUGCAGAGUUUGAAUGUCGAUGGGAACAGGUUUGGUGGAGUUGGUGUUGAGCAUCUGCUCUGUCCGUUGAGCAGAUUCUCAGCUCUGCAACUGCAAGCCAACAUUACUCUAAGAUCGAUCGCAUUCGGUGGACCGAAGACGAAAAUAGGAAGAGAUGGGCUUACAGCAAUCUUGAAGAUGGUAACGACCAAUGAAACCAUUACUCAACUUGCCAUACACGAUGAUGAAGGUUUGAGACCAGAUGAUUUCAUAACCAUUAUCAAGAGCUUGCAGAAGAAUGCCUCUCUGAGACGGUUUUCAUUGCAAGGCUGCAAGGGAGUACGAGGAGAGAGGGUGUUACAGGCAAUAACAGAGACUUUGCAAGUCAAUCCUUGGAUUGAAGAUCUUGAUCUCUCAAGAACUCUGCUCCAAAUCUCCGGGAUGGCAGAUGGGAUUUAUCAGAGGCUCGGACAGAACGGGAAGACAGAUGAACCUGAGACAGAUUCACUCAAGGACAUGCCCCUUACUGAACCAAAGAGCUGCCGUGCCUUCUUCUGUGGACAAGAAUAUGCAGGUAAGACGACGUUAUGCAACUCGAUAGUGCAGAGCUUCUCUUCCUCGAAGUUUCCUUACGUUGAACAAGUGAGAACUCUGAUGAACCCAGUGGAGCAAGCUGUUAGAACAGCUGGGAUGAAGAUCAAGACUUUGAAGGACGAAGACACGAAAAUAUCGAUGUGGAAUCUCGCAGGCCAGCAUGAGUUCUAUGCCCUUCACGAUCUUAUGUUCCCGGGCAAUGGGAGUGCGUCCUUCUUCUUGAUCAUAUCGAGUUUGUUCAGAAAGCCAAACAAUAAAGAGCCUAAAACACCGGCGGAAGUUGAGGAGGACCUUCAAUACUGGCUCAAGUUCAUAGUUUCCAACUCACGAAGAGCAGUCCAGCAAUGUAUGAAACCGAAUGUCACUAUUGUCCUCACACAUUUUGAAAAAAUCGGCCAACAAUCACAAAGCUUUCAGGCAACUGUGGAUUUGAUACAGAGACUCAGAGAUAAGUUCCAACCUCUAGUUGACUUCUAUCCAACUGUGUUCACAGUUGAUGCAAGGUCAACUGCUUCAGUGAGCAAACUCACUCACCAUCUUAGGAAGACAAGCAAGACCAUCCUGGAAAGAGUUCCCCGGGUUUAUCAGCUCUGCAAUGACAUGACACAAAUCUUGUCCGACUGGAGAUCAGAGAAUCAUAACAAACCCGUGAUGAGAUGGAAAGACUUUGGAGAGCUCUGCCAAGUUAAGGUUCCUUCCCUGAGGAUAAGGUCUCGCAGUGAUAACAAAGAGGUCGUUGAAACAAGACGGCGAGCCAUUGCCACCUGUCUUCACAAUAUGGGAGAGGUGAUUUACUUUGACGGGUUGGGGUUUUUAGUACUGGACUGCGAGUGGUUUUGCAGCGAGGUUCUUGCUCAGUUGAUAAGACUUGAGGUCAGAAAGCAAAGCACUGGGGAGAGGAGAGACGGGUUUGUCAGCAGGCAAGAGCUGGAGAAGAUUCUGAAAGGAAGUCUACAGAGACAGAUUCCCGGGAUGAGCUCAAAGGUCUUUGAGAAUCUCGAUGCAGGUGACCUCGUGAGGAUGAUGAUGAAACUAGAACUGUGCUAUGAACAAGAUCCCUCCAUUCCAGAUUCUCCUCUGCUUAUUCCAUCGAUCCUCGAAGAAGGCAGAGGAAAGCCUCAGAAGUGGCCGGUAAACACAACUGACUGUGUCUUUGCAGGCCGCCAUCUCCAGUGCGAUGAUUCAAGCCACAUGUUCCUCACACCUGGUUUUUUUCCACGUUUACAGGUGCAUCUUCACAACAGGGUCAUGGCACUGAAGAACCAACAUGGAGCAACUUACAGUCUCGAGAAGUACCUCAUCGCGAUAACAAUCAAUGGAAUAUACAUUAGAGUGGAGCUUGGAGGCCAGUUGGGUAAUUACAUCGAUGUCCUUGCUUGUUCAACCAAGAGCUUGACAGAAACCCUGAGGCUUAUUCACCAGCUCAUCGUUCCUGCUAUCCAGAGCCUCUGCCAUGGUGUAAUCCUUAUCGAGCACGUUAUAAGGCCAGAAUGUGUCCAUAACUUAACUCCCCCGAGGUUCCGCAGAACUCAGUUUCUUUCCCUGCUGCAACUAAAACAAGCAUUACUGUCGGUUCCUGCAGAAAGUAUGUAUGACUACCAGCAUACAUGGGACUCGGUCUUAGACUCGGGUAAGACUGUUCUAGGAGCCGGGUUUGAUUUUGCACGAGAUCUUCUCUCCGACGAUGAUUUCAGAGAAGUAUUGCAGAGAAGAUACCAUGACCUGUUCAAUUUAGCACAAGAAUUGCAAGUUAACAGCCCUGAAACUGCAGAGAGUAGUACUGUGUCGUCAGUGACCAAUGAUCUGGAUAAGGUGGAUCCGAGCUUUGGGGGAAUAGCCAAGGGUGUAGAAGCAGUUCUUCAGAGGCUGAAGAUCAUUGAACAAGAGAUAAGAGACCUGAAGCAGGAGAUCCAAGGGCUUAGGUACUAUGAACAUAGACUUCUCAUCCAGCUUCACCACAAAGUGAAUUACCUUGUGAACUACAAUGUCCAGAUGGACGAAAGAAAAGUUCCAAACAUGUUUUACUUCAUCAGAGCCGAGAACUACGCCAGAAGACUUGUCACCACGAUAGUUCCGGGCAUGGCUGCUCUCCGGUUACACAUGUUGUGUGAAUUCAGACAGGAGAUGCAUGUGGUGGAUGAUCAAACUGGCUGUGAUGUGAUGCAGAUAGAUAACAUGGCUGUGAAGUGCUUGGCUCCUUACAUGUCAAAGUUCAUGAAACUGUUGACCUUUGCCUUAAGGAUAGGUGCCCAUUUGGCAGCUGGAAUGGGACAGAUGAUACCUGACUUGAGCCGGGAGAUAACCCACCUCGGGGGCUCGUCUGUCAUGGUUGGAGCAGCCGGGGCAGCUGCGGCUGGGGCCAUAGGUGUAGCAGCAUUGGGCAGAAGCAGAGCCAGUGGCUCACGAGACAUUCAGCAGCAAGAACUAAGAGCAGCUCAACAGUGGAUUGUGGAUUUCUUGAGGGACAGGAGGUGUUCGACUGGUAAGGACAUCGCUGACAAGUUUGGUCUGUAUCGAGUCAGAUACCGAGACGACGGCUACAUCGCCUGGAUAUGUAAACGGCAUAUGGUCACUAGAGCCCAUGAAGUGAUUCAAGUUCCACUCUGAUGCUCUGGCUGCAAGAACAGAAGAGCAAGUAGUUGAUUAGUCAUAACCAUUCCACUGAAUUCUCUGUAAACCAUACAAUAUGUUUUCAUUGUUACCAAAAGAUACAUCAUUCAGAGAAUCCAAACAAGGGCGAC